CCCUUGUACACAUAAGAUAACGAUGCCUGAGUGGGUGUUGACACUGAAACCGCCUAAUCAAAAUGUUAAAAUAAGAACAUAACUACCUUGUUCAAACUUCCACUUCACAAGCUCAAACAGAUACAUUUUUCCCAGCAGUGUGGAGAAAAUGGACACAAGAGAGAGUACCCAGAAUACCAAGGAUCAGGAGAUUCCAGGAGUCUUUCCAUACCGUUUGAGAGACCGUGAACAACUCAGGAAAAGAAAGCUGGAAGCACAGGAGCAGAAAAGCUCACAGCGGGUGUUUAAGGAGAAAUCAAAGACAAAAAGAGGAAGAAAGGCAAAAGCCAGUGGAACAAGCAGUAAACUUCCCAAGGAACCUGAGCCUGUGCCUGAGCUGGAGCCCAAGCCUGAGCCUGAGUCGAAGCCUGAGCCUGAACCUGUUCUAGAGCCAGUCCCUUUGCAAGAAGAAGAAGAAGAAGAAGUAGCCACAGACAAAGUAGCAGAAUUGAGUCUUGAAAGAGAGAAGCUUGCCCCACUGCAGGAAAGUGUAAACCUUUCCACAACUGGGGAUCUGGCUGCUACUUUAACAGAUGGGCUCGGAGAGAAUACCCGUGUGAAAAUACAAGAGAUUUUAGCACUGCAAGUAGAAGAUGUGCCUGGUGAAAAUCCUCCAUUUGAAAAACAAAUAAUUUUGUCUAUAUAAAAUCGACACCACAUCUAAAAGUUAGACAAAAAUGCUGGAGAAACUCAGCGGGUGAGGCAGCAUCUAUGGAGUGAAGAAAAUAGGCAAAGU